AUGUUCGCUUGUCGAUUGUUGUGGUCGCACCUGAAGCGGCGGUGUGGCGCCUACGGACAGUCGCCGGCUUUUAAGAACGACGUGUUGGAUGGAAUCGUCCAUAAUUCAGUGUUGCAGGGUAAAAAGCCUGUGAAACACUGGUUGAACGUUCGGGAGAAGCUCAAAAAACAAAGGUUUGAAGAGAUCAAGUGUGACGUCGAGUCCGUGUCAUUGCAAUACUUGGAUGGGUAUACUGGAGCAGACCAAACCGCAGAAUACAGAGCGGCAGAAGUGUCUAUAGACAGACUGCACAAUUUUCCGUACAGUAUUGUUAGUAAAAUAGUCAGCGACAAGCAUGUCAGCUAA